AUGGCUAUCUCUGAUUUCGUGCCAUUUGUGAUUCCCAUGCUACAUUCUUCCCGGCUGAAGGCUGGGCUCUGGCAACGCCCGAAUGGUUGUUCUGAUCCUUAUAAUCAUAAAACAGAAACUAGACUUCAAAGGCAAAAAGUAAGAUUGCAAAAAUCUUUAAAACCUCUACAUGGCAACACAUUUAUAUUACCAAUUCUUUGUGAAGUUAUAUUUAUUGAAAUUUUGAAGGAACUUAAUAUACCUCAUUAUCAAUGCCUUUUUGAAGCUGAUAAGGAAAUUGCUGAACUUGCUAAUUAUUGGAAUUGUGCAGUUUUGAGUGAGGAUAGUGAUUUUUAUAUUUAUCCACUGACUCAUGGCUAUAUUCCACUUUCAAGUAUAAGCUUUAUUAAAUAUUGGUAUCAAGAUAUCCUUAAUGAAAAUUUAGUUUUCUACCCCUUUAAAGCAAACAUAUUUCGUCAAAAAUUGUUAUUAUCUGAAUACCCAGGAUUAAAAUUAGAGUUAUUACCAUUAUUGGCUGCCAUAAAUGGAAAUGACUAUUCUCAUGAUGAUUAUACAUCAUUUUUGGAAAAUAUUGGUUUUAAUUACAAACUAAAUGACAAAAGGUAUCAAUCACGUAUUAAAUGUGUACUGUUAUGGUUAUCAAACUUUAAAACUAUUGAUUCAGCUCUAGAAAACGUUUUAUCUCAUUUCGAACUUAAUCUUAAAAUUAAAAGUCAAAUUUGUACUUCAAUUGAAAUAUAUCAUUUAUCAAAUGAAAGUUUAGUGUCUUGUUUCUUUUCACAUAAAGCUAUAACUAUUAUUAAAUGUGAAUAUCCAGAUGUAUUCAAAUAUAAUUGUUUACAAAAAUUUUAUCACAUGAAUGAUAAUAUUCAAUAUAAUUGUACCAAUUGUCAUGUCUUAAAUCCAGAGUUUAUCAAGUUAGUGAAGGAAAGGCUGUUUGAUCAAAAUGAUAUAAAUUUUGGAUCUAAUUCUCAUAAAGUUUUGUUAUACCUUCAAAAUGAAUUUCAUGAAGUGAAUUAUAAUUACCAAUUAUUGAAUCUAUUAUUUAAAAGGACCUUACAUCUAUCUACUCAAGUUGAAAACUAUCAUGAUGAAUCAUCAUAUAAUAUAAGUCAAGAUAUCCGUAAACUUGUAUAUAUAAUUUUUUUGGGGAAAAUUUUACAGCCUUCAACUAAUGCCAAGAGCAAUUUGAGCUUAUCAAUAUACGAGUAUAAAAGAAAGUUGGGGAAUAUGUUUUUUGAUGAUAUAGAAGUAAAACCAUAUGGGAAUUUCCUCAACUCUUCUGCACCAAUAAAUAACCAAAUGACUUUACCAGAAGAUCUGUUUACCUUUAUUAUUUUUAAAUCUUUCGGAAUAGACCAUGAUGCAUUUAAUAUCAUAUCCCAAGAUUUCAAAUUAUUUCUGAUCAGUUUAAAAUAUUUUCAUGCCACAUCUUGUCAAAAAUAUGAUCCUACCAAUACAUCGGCUGCCCCCUUCAACUUAGAAUGUCAUACAUUUCCUAGCUCCUCACAUAUCUUUAUAACCAUAGCCUUGAUAUUAAUGUUAUUACCCCCUCUUCUUAAAAGUACUCAGUGUUUAACCCGUUAUUCUAAGGAAGAAAUCAAAAAUUUUCAUGAGCAACAGGCAAAAUUUAUGUCCAAGUAUAAACAAAUUCAUAAAUUCACAAUAAAUUCUCAACGCUGCAAAAGCAUGGAUAUGGAGUUAAUUCAUGGUAUAGCCCAAUGGCAAACGUGCCUUUAUGCAUUAUAUUUACUCAAUCAAAUAUCCAAUUUUGCAUUUAAUUCUCACUCAACUUUGAUACCAUUUUUAGCAUUUAUAAAUUCUUCCCAGAUUUAUAAUUUAGCAAAACAAUUUAAAAAUUUGAACUAUACAAAUAAAAAUUUGCUGAAUGAUGAUCGAAAUGUUCCUAAUCCUGUUUUAGGGUUUCUAAGGACAGAAUUGUUCAAGGCCGACAAUGAGAUAUAUAAAUUUUUUACGAAUCUUUUACGAUGUAUAGUUAUUUAG